CCUUCCUCCUCCUUCUUCACUCCCAAACUUUGAUUUUGAAUCGUCAUUGUUUGUGGACUCUCAAAGAGAGAGAGAGAGGGAGAAGCUUCUAAAAGAUGAUGAGAAAGAUACAGCUACCGUUUACGCAGACGCAGAAGGUUAGGUACGAGAGAGCCAUCGAGCGGCUACAAUCACUGUCGUCGACGGCAAACUCAGACGCUUCUGUUAUUGUCACAGAUACCAUUCCCGUCAACCACGAAGACGCCUUCCUCAAGGGACACGGAACUUCCGAGGUCGAGGGCGAGUUGCUAGCGACGGUCUGUGGAGUUGUUGAGCGCGUGGAUAAGCUCGUCUACGUACGCACCUUACGCGCCAGGUACAAGCCUGAGGUUGGAGAUAUUGUUGUAGGCCGUAUCAUUGAGGUUGCUCAAAAACGUUGGAGAGUAGAGCUCAACUUUACUCAGGAUGGAGUAUUAAUGCUUUCUUCCAUGAACAUGCCCGAUGGUAGUCAGAGGCGAAGAACGUCUGUAGAUGAACUCAAUAUGCGGAACAUCUUUGUAGAACAUGAUGUUGUUUGUGCUGAAGUACGCAGCAUUCAGCAUGAUGGCAGCUUGCAGUUACACGCAAGAAGUCAAAAGUAUGGAAAGCUCGAGAAGGGACAGCUUCUCAAGGUUGAUCCCUACUUGGUUAAGAGAAGCAAACAUCACUUCCAUUACAUAGAAAGCCUUGGCAUUGAUUUGAUUAUCGGCUGCAACGGCUUCAUAUGGGUCGGGGAACACGUGGAGGUCAGAGAUCCUGUGAUGAUCGAUGAUCAGAAGGAUGAUGAGAUGAUGAUCUCUUCCUCCUCCACCAAAGAGCAAAGCCAUACUCCACUCGAGACUCGACAAAACAUAUGCAGAAUCGGGAACGCCGUUCGCGUCUUGUCUAAUCUAGGCUUCACCGUGACUGUGGAAGUGAUCACGGAGACUGUUAACCUCAGCAACUCAAAGAAUGUCGGCAUAUACGACAUGAUUGGAUCAGAGUUUCACGUUUUGGUAGCAGAGAAUGAAGCGGAAAGAAGACGUCAAAAGAGAAAAAAGUGAAGCUCGAGACUUUUUUUUGUGUGGUUGCAGAUUCAACAUAGACUUGUAGCGUGUGUUAGGUUGGUCAUGUGGGGGCUUGUUUUUGACUCAACAUCUAGAAAGCUCCUAUUUUAAUUUUUUU